AUGGAAGCAAUACACAAUGUAUUCAGUCGUAUGGACGAGACGGCCAUUCGAUCGAUCGAAGCUGCCAUCCAUGGCAAUGUUGAGUUUCAGGCCGCAAUCGCCCAUGCCCAACACACGUCCUUUCAACUGGCCUGCAAAGACCACACAUCUGCUCUGGGAUUUGAAAUCUCAAAAAACCAGAUUCAGGUCUUUGCUCAGCCCGACUCAGGACGGAAGACUGAAUUUACCCUUUUUGCGCAAUCCGCUCAUUGGGAGAAAGUAUUUGAAGCAGUCCCUCAGCGGCCAUUCCAAUCAUACUGGGGUAUGUUACGGCUCCUUGGUACUGAAGCCGGAGUCUCUGUGGCGGGUGACCAGACUGCGUUCACCUCCUUUGCCAGAGUGUGGAGACUGGCCAUUGAUCUAGUGCGCGAUGCGCUUCACCCUCCAUCAGAAGCGACCGUGAACAGGUCAUUCGUUGAAGAUGAUGAACUGGACGAUGACUCCAUCAUUGGGCAUUACCUCUGGAUCAAGUUAGCGGAGUUGGGCAAAUGCAAGGUCUUCUACGAGACAUCUGGCUCUGGCAGUCAACAUAUACUGUUCCUCCACACCGCCGGGGCUGACUCAAGACAGUACCAUUCCCUUAUGAUGAACAAAACACUCCAGCAAAAGUGUAAAAUGUAUGCUUUCGACCUUCCGGGUCACGGACGUUCAUUUCCCGGCGAGCACCAAUUCCCCGCCGCAUAUAGCAACUCCGAGGAAUUCUACAUCUCAGCCAUUGGUCAGAUGAUCUCUCGGCUCGGUCUUCACCAUGUUAUCGUGUCAGGGGCUUCUAUGGGUGGCCAAGUCUGCCUUGCGGUUGCCCUCCGCGCAGAGCAGCUGGGUGUAAGCGGUGUCAUUCCUUGCGAAGCAUGCGACUACAUUCCAGAACAACGAGCGCAGAAAAUCUACUCCUUGACCGGUGACGAAUCAAUCCUCAAUCCAGAACGCGUAUGUGGGAUGAUCGCGCCGACAGCCCCAGCGAUCUACAAGAGACUCAACUGGUGGAUCUACUCUUCCCAGGCAACCAAGAUCUUUCCUGGAGAUCUCAAAUUCUACUUCGAAGGGUGGGAUGGACGAGAGAGGAUGUCGCAGAUUGAUACCAAGGCGUGUCCGGUGUAUAUGCUCACAGGGGAGUAUGAUUAUAGUUGCUCGCCUAACAUGAGUCGUGAAACAGCGGCAAAGAUCCAGGGAGCGGUGUUUGAAGAAAUGGAAGGUCUGGGCCAUUUUCCAAUGAGUGAAGACCCAAAGAGAUUCUUACCGUACUUCUUCAGAGCAUUGGAGCAUAUACAGGGUGUACAGCACGCCACUUAG